UCGGGUCCAGCUCUUGCCCGCCGCUGAUUGGUUCCGGACCCAUCUCCAGGACUCCCACCCGUCCCCCAUUGCUUCCCGACCUUCCGCGCCAACUCGGCUUGUAGCCUUGGAUAUUGGCUGCAAUUCCGGCGUAAGUCAUGCUUGAAACGUCGGCCCGGGCUUCGGCCUGGACCGGUUCGCUACGGAAGGCCCUGUGGGCUGCGGCUCAGUCCGGUCCACUCAGCACCUUCCAGCGUCAAGCUCGGGCCUGUUGGGACUCGGGCGUAGCCUUGUUGGACUGGCGAGCGGCUCCCAGCGGCGAUCACGUGGCCCACCUCCUGUGUCGGAGUGGACAAUUGGACGCUUUGCGGUUUUUGGUUGAUCUCGAUCCGGCCUUAGGAAUCAAGCUUUUUAGUGUCACUAAUAGGGAAGCCAAAGGGUUGUUGCAUGAGGCGGCCCAGUACUCGCAAACGGCCGUCAUGACUUACUUAUUAUCGGUGCCGGGGGUGGCCGUGGACGUGAUCAAACGAGGUGACUGGACCCCACUUAUGUUGGCCUGCACCAAGGCCGAGAAUGGACCCAUUGUGCAGCUAUUGCUCUCAGCGGGUGCAGAUGCCUCCCGCGUGAACAAGGACGGCUGGACCGCCUUUCAUUUAGCCAGUCGCCUAGGCGAUGUGACCAUUCCAGUGGACCAGCCGGACACGUGCGGGUCUACCCCGCUGAUGGAUAGUGCGCGCUGUGGAAUUCCGUCUCACCUGUCACUUCUCCAUGAACACGGUCAUUCGUGCCUGGCCGUGGAUACUUUUGGUCGCCAAAGUCUGCAUAUUGCGGCGCAAGCGGGUCAAGUCACCAUGGUGCGGUGGCUCGUGGCGGAGUUUGGUUUAGCCGUUGAGGGUUUAGAUAAGACAGGAAUGACGCCGUUGCACUUGGCCGUCUUAGCCAAACAGGCCAAUACAGUUCAAGCUUUGUUAGAUCUGUCGGCCCGAGUCUCUGUGGCGGAUGCCCAUGACCGCACGCCCCUAGACUUAGCUCGGGCCCUAAACUGCGAUGAUAUUGUGCAACGGUUAAUGCGAGCGGGGGCCUGACUUACAUUUGUGCUCUUUUCAG